CGCCGAAAGGGAUGUAGGGAAUUGUAGUCCCUCAAGGAUAAACAUGUUUUCAGGAACUAAUGGGAGAACUGAGUUUUAGUGAUGUGUCCCGUCAGCUGAGCGAUGACUCUAUCAGUAUCCUCACAUUAGUGUUCUACUGUACGCAAUGAACUUGUUUGGAUACCUCCGUUUUCUGAUAUGCGCGACGGCGGGCGUAUUGGCUGUCUGCCGAAAGCAUUGUUUACCGCGAGAUACUGCUACAGGAAGGAAGAAUAUUUUAUUCAUAAUUGCUGAUGAUCUUCGUACAAGUCUUGGCUGUUAUGGUGAUAGUACUGUGAAAUCCCCGAACAUCGAUCACCUGGCAUCCCAAAGUAUAAUUUUUACAAAUGCAUAUGCACAGCAAGCAGUGUGUGCUCCAAGCAGGGUGUCCUUCUUAACAGGAAGGCGCCCAGACACAACCAGGCUUUUCGACUUCAAUUCCUACUGGAGAACACAUGCUGGAAACUACACAACCCUUCCCCAGUACUUUAAAGAACAUGGCUAUGUGACAAUGUCAGUUGGGAAAAUCUUCCACCCAGGUAUUUCUUCUAACCACAGUGAUGACUAUCUUUAUAGCUGGUCAAUUUAUCCAUACCACCCUUCUUCAGAAAAGUAUGAGAAUUCACAGACUUGUAAGGGUAAAGAUGGCAAGUUUCAUGCCAACUUGGUGUGUCCAGUUGAUGUUUCUGAAGUCCCUGAGGGAACAUUACCAGAUAUACAGAGCACAGAAGAAGCUAUCCGACUUUUAAAGGCCGUACAAGAACAGAAUUCAUCCUUUUUCUUAGCUGUUGGAUAUCAUAAACCACAUAUCCCAUUUAGGUUUCCAAAAGAAUUCCUGAAGUUAUAUCCUAUUGAAAACAUUUCAUUGGCACCAGACCCAGACAUACCCAAGAAACUUCCUCUUGUGGCUUACAACCCAUGGACAGAUAUCCGUAAAAGAGAGGAUGUGCAAGCAUUAAAUAUCAGUUUUCCUUAUGGUCCUAUUCCAGAACAUUUCCAGCUUCUGAUUCGUCAGAGUUACUACGCUUCUGUCUCCUACCUCGAUGAUCAGAUUGGACAAUUGCUAAGUGCAGUGGAAGGUCUAGGAUUGUCUAAUGAUACCAUUAUUAUGUUCUCUUCGGAUCACGGAUGGUCAUUAGGAGAACAUGGCGAAUGGGCAAAGUACAGCAAUUUUGAUGUGACCACCCGUGUCCCCUUGAUGUUUUAUGUUCCUGGAAUGACUAAUAUGCCGCAGCAACCUAUUUUUAAGUACAUAGAUCCUUUUAGUGCUAACCCUCAAAGAAAAUUCCCAGGCAAGUCAGUGGAACAUCCUGUUGAACUAGUUUCACUGUUUUCAACCAUUGCUGACCUGGCCAAACUUCCUGCACCCCCUGCUUGUCCACAACCUUCAUUCCAUGUGGAACUGUGUACCGAAGGCCGAAGCAUUGUGCCCCUCUUGCUUUCACCUCAUAACACACAGGAUGAUGCAGUAUUAGCUGUGGCUUACAGCAGUUAUCCACGACCUUCUGAUGUUCCACAGUGGAAUUCGGAUCUUCCGGAUUUAAAAGAUAUAAAAAUCAUGGGAUAUUCCAUGCGCACAAUGGACUACAGAUAUACUGUGUGGGUUGGCUAUAAUUCUACAACUUUUCAAGCAAAUUUCAAAGAGAUUCAUGGGCGGGAACUGUAUCUUGUCGAGAAUGACCCAAACCAAGAUAAUAACCUAUACAAUCAGUCUUUGCAUCUUGAUUUCGAUAAGCAUUUGGAAUACAUAAAUAAUUAAAAAAAUUACUUGUAUAUAUAUCUGUAGAGUAUUAAUAAUGAAUAUAAACAUUGAUUUUUUAUUAUUAAAACAGUACAAUUUCU